UGUAGAAAACAAGCAAGGUGCUGUCUUUGAACAAUUUAUUAUGCUCUCAUGGUGCUUUCCCGGUCUUGUACCGGCAAAAGUCUGCAAUAGAGAUAAAGAAAAACCCGCUAAAACAUGGUUUCUCAACGGGGGGCGUUCGAACCAUAUUAACUAGAUGCCUUAUUACAGUGGCGUCCAGAACGUCACCAUAGGCAGUGUCAUGCCAAAUGUACUUUUUUUUAUUACUUUUUAAAUAGCCAUAACUUGCUCAAUUUUCAACCGAUUUACAAACGGUUUGGUUUAUUACAAACGUUAUUAACGUGGUUAUGAUAUUUAAACGUAAAUCAUUGUAGAAUUCCUUACAGUUAAAAUUAGGUUACCGUUUCGAAACGUAACUAUCAUUAAAACCGUGAUAACUGUGUGAUAUGACACUUUCACAGUAAAUUUGUCCAGAAUCAACCACAGUUAAUAACACCCUCCCAGGCAUAGGUGUAGUGUUAAUGUUAAUGCAGUUAGUUAAUUUUAAUGCAUAUCUGAUAUGGUUUUCUUAUCAUUAGGUAAUGGCUAUAUUAACAUUGUAUUUUUUUGCACAUUGCUGCUAACUUUGUUUGUGACUGAUUGAUGGUUGACAGUUUUUUCUUUUCUCCCUGCAGCUCCUUUAUAGUCAACCCCCACCACACGUUAUCGUCGUCAUUUUGAAUACCCAAAGGCACUUUUAAGAGCCACGUCCAUCUGUCUGCCUUUCUGUCUGGCUGUCUGUCUAUCUAUCUGCCUGUUUGGCUGUCUAACUGUCUGUCUGUCUGUCUGUCUGCCUGUCUGUCUGUCUGUCUGUCUGUCUGUCUGUCUGUCUGUCUGUCUGUCUGUCUGUCUGUCUGGGUCAGUCUGUUUGUGUUGCAAUGGCCAUGAGACAUACCAUUGACCGCCAGCAUCCCAGCUACAAAGAGGGGAAACGUAAAUUGCUUGAAAGUAAACAAGACCACCUUAUAGCUGAAGCUGAGAGAGCCGUUGAGGAGAGGAAACGUGCGCGUUCUGGUGGAGGACCUCCAUGUGGCUCCACUAGUGACGGUGCAAGACGAGGCAAGCCGAGGGGGAGGCGUGGAGGGCGACGCGGAGGGCGACGCGGAGGGCGACGCAAAGCCUCAGCCACAGUCACGUUCCCCCCAGCUGAGUGCUCCCCGUCAUCCCAUGAGGACGUUCCGCUUACUGUACCUUCAGCGCAACUGAAUCCUCAAGAGGCAUUUGAAAAGUUUGUGGAGAGGCUUUCAUCUCUAAAUGCCUCUGGUCCUUCUGCCAAGCCUCAAAGAAGCUCUGCAUCUUCAUGGACUUUUCGGCAGCAGAAAGCCUCAGAGCGCUGGACAGAAGCACGACCAAACCACCUACAAGGCCUCAUUGAAAAGGAGGCUGUUGGUCAUCCCUUGUGUUGCCUCUGCCCCAAGCCGGCUGUUAUUAGGUGCAGAGAGUGUCUCCCUGAAGAGUGGUUCUGUGGGGACUGCGAUGUACUGCAUCACAAAAAACAGCCACUCCACAACAGGGAAUGUCUGAUACGUGGGUUCUUUGAACCCAUUCCUCCAACCACACGCGUCAUGAAAGGGGAGGAUGGAUAUUUCACUCAGGAGCAAGGACGUUAUGACUUGCAUCAGCCACUGUAUGUAUGUCAGACGUGCCAGCAGCAGAGGACCCCUGACAUGAAGCACUUCCUUCAGAGUGGAUAUUGGCCAGCCUCUCUCAAUACUUCCACGUUGUACACGUUGGACCUCUUGAGCUCCUUUCAGGAACUGAAAGUAAUCUCUCCAGACGUGAUUCUCCAGACAGGCCUUCGCAAAGCUCCUGGAGCAUCGCACCAAGUGUGGAGGACGAUCUGGACAUAUCAAAGGCGACACCCUGCAGCGCAGCUUCUUGGAGUUUUCAUAUGCUUCGUUUGAGAAGGACCAACUCUGCUGUGGUGCUGUUCUCACCUGCCCAGCCUGCACACCAGAAAUGUUGGCUGUUUCAGUAGAUGGAAACAGAAAGUUAUAUCGCUUUCGCCGAAAUGGAAGUUCUGGUGACCAUGCCUUUUUUGAAGGUUUAUUUGUGGCUGAAGACAGUGCAGUGUCUGGAUUUGUGGACAUGAUCCAGAAAGCUGUGAAAAA